AUGUUUGUAGCCCGACUGAUGUUGCACAUAUAUAUCUAUUUUUUCUUUUUUUCUUUUUCACUUUUCUUUCUCUCAUUCUUUCUUUCCAUUUCUUUCUGUCACUUUCUUUCUUUCUUUCUUUCUUUCUUCCUUUCUUUCUUUCUUUCUUUCUUUCUUUUGUUCUGCAAUUCUCUCCCCCAGAGAAUGCAUAUUUUAUUAAACUAUUCCCUUUUCCUUUCUUUCUUUCUUUCUUUCUUUCUUUCUUUCUUUCUUUCUUUCUUUCUUUCUUUCUACCAUUCUUGUAUUUGUGGAUUUAUUUUCUUCCUUCUUUUUUUUCUCCUUUGUUCUUCCCCUUCUUAUUUUGUUAACUCGUUCUCCUUUUUCUUUCUUCUUUUCUCUUUGCCUUCGCCAUCUUUAAGCAUUUUUGUCUUUUUUACAAUUCAUCCCUCUUGUCUCAGAUUCAUUAUUCAGCAUCCAUUAAACCGGACACCAUUUCAUUCCGUCCAAAGAUUGAUCUAUCAUUCUUCUUUUUCUCUCUUCUUUUUUUUCCUUCCUUUUUGUUUUCUUCUUCUUCUUCUUCUUCCUUUUUUUUUACAUCUUUUUCUUCUUCUUCUUCUUUUUCCUAAUCUUUUAGAUCUACAUUCUUUUUUUUCUUUCUUCUUUUCUCCUUCGCUUUUUUCUUUUCUUCUUCUUCUUUUUUUUUUCAUUUUUUCUUCCUUUUUUUUUCAUCUUUUCUUCUUCUUCUUCUUUCUCUUUUUUUUUCCUUCGCUUUUAUCUUUUUUUUUUUUCUUCUUUUUCUUCUUCUUCUUUUUGUUUUUUUCUUCUUCUUCUUCUUUUUUUUUUUUUCAUCUCUUUCUUCUUCUUCUUCUUUUUCCUCUUUUUGAAUCUUUAGAUCUAUCAUUCUACAUCUUUUUCCUCUUUCUUUUUCUCUUUUUUUUUUCUUCUUCUUCUUCUUCUUUUUUUUUUUUUUUCUUCUUCUUCUUCUUUUUCUUUUUGAAUCUUUUUUUCUUUUUCCUCUUCUUUUUCUUCUUUUUCCUUUUCUUCUUCUUCUUCUUCUUCUUUUUUUGA